UCUCUCUCAUUUUCUCUGCCUUUUCCCCUUAUCAUUUACUCCGCACUGAACCUUCUAGAAUUAACAACAAAACCUAACCGCCGUCGGCGCGCCAUCUCCAUUCCGUUUACGACGUUGAAACGGUUUCUGAACGAAUGAGCCACUUUUCUUACUUGUUUGGUUGCUUGGAAAAUUCUCGCUUUCUUUCAGUUAAGGCACGCCGGAAGAAUCUGUAUAGCCGGAGAAAUCUUGUUUUCUAGGGUUCGGAUAUCAAAAACGAACCACAUGACCACAUUACCUGCCGAUCAACCAGGCGACUCCCCUGCCGGUGCCGGUACUGCUAUUGAGUCGCCACGAUCCUUACCUACUCCGUUCCUUACCAAAACCUAUCAACUCGUCGAUGAUCCCUCUGUUGAUGUGUUGAUUUCAUGGAACGAUGAUGGAUCGAGUUUCAUCGUUUGGCGCCCUGCUGAGUUCGCCCGCGAUUUGCUCCCCAAAUACUUCAAGCAUAACAAUUUCUCUAGUUUCGUCCGCCAACUCAACACAUAUGGUUUCAGGAAGGUAGUUCCAGAUCGAUGGGAGUUCGCUAACGAUUGUUUUCGAAGAGGCGAUAAAGGGCUUCUGCGAGACAUUCUACGCCGGAAAAUAACUGCAACCGUUGUUGCAGCUUCUGGGACGGUGACCGUGGCGGCGGUUCAUUGUACUAAGGUAUCGGCAUCACCGUCUAAUUCGGGGGAAGAGCAGGUUGUUUCGUCGAGCACGCCUCCAGUCGCCACCGUUUUACAGCGGACCACGAGUUGCACGACGACGCCCGAGCUUUUGGAGGAGAACGACAGGCUUAGGAAAGAAAACGUACAGCUGAGUCGGGAGUUGACUCGUUUGAAGGGAUUGUAUAACAAUAUUCUCACUUUGGUAACGAACUAUGCUUCGGGUCAGUCGGAGAAUCAUCGGAACGUGGGGGAAGAGAAGGCGUUGGAUCUUUUGCCGGCGAGUGCGGCGGUCGAUGUUGGAUCGAAGGCGGCGAUGGUGGCGGAGGAUGCGACGCCGAUGUUGUUCGGAGUUUCCAUUGGGCUGAAAAGCAUGAGGCGAGAGGGUGAGGAUGAGGAGUUCGACAAUAAUCAAGUGCAGCGGCAGGAAGUCAAGUCUUGUUCUGAAGUUAAAGGAGAACCGUCGGAUGUAAAGACGGAUGAUCAGGCUCCACGUGUCUGGAGCUUGGGAAAUGAUCAGAUAUGACUGUAGAUCAUGGGGAAUGAUGAAGAUAGGAGCGUUUUUCGAGGAAUCACGUGCCUGGGGCGGUGGUGCUCUGGCAAUGUGGUAUUAUCCGUUUCGGACUUCCGGGUCAGGUGGAGAAGGGACACGACCUAUUGACCCGUUUUCUGAGAGCUAAAACGAAGGCAUUUAGGUGGCGUUUGGCUCGCUGAAAUGUUUAUGAGGGAAUUAAAAUCUAUUGAAAUCUUUCA